AUGGCAGAGGAAAUGUUAUUAGCAGAAGAUGGGAAAUGUGUGGGGUCUCUCACCAAGUCGCUGCUGGCCGUGGCUUUCCUGGCCUCGUUCGGUAGCUCCAUGCUCUAUGGCUACAACCUGGCUGUCGUCAACUCUCCUGCAGAGUACAUCAAGGCAUUCUAUAACCAGACGAUGGUAGCAAGGAACGGAAAGGGUCUGGACGACAAGAAGCUUACGUUGUUCUACUCUGUCACCGUGUCUGUGUUUGCCAUCGGGGGCAUGGUGGGCAGCCUCAUGGUGGGCAUACUAGUCACCAGAUUUGGAAGGAAAGGGACCCUGGUGAGAAUCACAUGUCUGGUGUUUAUAGCUGGAGCCUUCAUGGGCUUCAGCAGGACCUUUGGCUCUCCAGAGAUGAUCAUUGUUGGACGCUUCAUCACAGGGGUACACUCAGGUAUCUCUCUGUGUGUGGUGCCAAUGUAUCUUGGGGAGAUAGCACCUAAGAACCUGCGAGGCUUCCUGGGCCUCGUGCCUAGCAUCUUUAUCUGUCUAGGAGUCUUCAUCGCUCAGAUCCUGGGACUACAUGAACUACUGGGAAAGGAAGAGCACUGGCCCCUCUUCCUGUCUCUGGUGGUGAUCCCCACCCUGUUCCAGCUGAUGCUGUUGCCAUGGUUCCCAGAGAGCCCGCGGUACCUGCUCAUAGAGAAGAGGAAUGUCCACGCCACCAUCACAGCUCUGAAGUGGUACCGGUCCAAAGUGAACAUCCAGGCAGAGAUCGAGGAGAUGCAGGAGGAGCAGCGGUCCAUGUCCUCGGUCCAGACCGUGUCAGUCAUCGGUCUGCUGAAGGACCGGAGCGUCCGAUGGCAGGUCAUCACUAUAGUGGUGGUCAAUAUCGGCAUGCAGCUGUCCGGUAUCGACGCGAUCUGGUUCUAUACCAACGCCAUCUUUGAGAACGCAGGUAUCCCAGUCCCUCAGAUCCAGUACACCACGGUUGGAACCGGAGCCAUCGAGGUUAUCGCUGGAUGCGUAGGGUGCUUCACCAUUGAACGGCUGGGCAGAAGACCUCUGAUGAUUGGUGGAUUUACCUUCAUGGGAAUUUGCUGUGCAGGGAUCACGCUCUCCCUCAUGUUCCAGUCCCACUACAUCAGUGUUGCCUGUGUGGUGGGGAUCAUCGCUGGCUUCUGUAUAGGACCAGCUGGAGUACCCUUCCUGAUUACAGCAGAGCUGUUUAAGCAGUCCCAUCGUCCGGCUGCCUACACCGUGGCUGGAUGCCUCAACUGGCUGUCCAACUUCACCAUCGGCUUUGUCUUCCCCUUCCUACAGAUGUCGGCAGGGGCCUACUGCUACCUGGUGUUCUUUGGCGUGUGCAUGGCAGUGGCGGCCUACGUCUUCUUCAUCGUCCCCGAGACCAAGAACAAGACAUUUGUGGAGAUCAGCCAGAUGUUCGCGGCCAGGAACGGCAUGCUGGAGGAGGAGAGCAGCGAACUGGGCGUCGUUAACAACCUCAAACUAGCCAAGAUGAACGGCUAUGGUGCCGUCGACCUGGAGUACGAAGUGAUGGAGAAGAAGAAGUAG